UCUGCUCACCUAGAUCUGGAUGGUGUGCCAGCACCCAAGUUGGAGCCCUUCUGCCCUACAUUGGACCGGGUUGGACGGCUUCUGCCUCCACCUCCUUCGGGCGCCCCGCUGGCCCUUCCUGCCCCACCCCUGCCCUAUGCAGGUGGGCAGCAGCUGCCCCCGGCCGAGCCUCCCCGCCUGUCCUCCAGUGUGCGGCUGAGCCUGGAGAACCGGGAGCUGUGGAAGCGUUUCUCUGCCGUGGGCACUGAGAUGAUCAUCACUAAAUCAGGGCGGCGGAUGUUCCCCCAGCUGAAGGUGGCGAAGUACCUGCUGCUGGUGGACAUGGUUCCGGCCGGGGCUUCGCGCUACAAGUGGCAGGGGCAGCGCUGGGAGGCCAGUGGCAGGGCCGAGCUGCCAGGUGCCCACUGGAUGCGCCAGCCCGUGUCUUUCCACCGUCUCAAGCUGACCAACAACACGCUGGACCCCCACGGCCACCUCAUCCUGCACUCCAUGCAUCGCUACCAGCCCCGUGUACACGUGGUGGGAGCGGGGGGGCCGGGAGGGCGUGGGGGAGGCUGUGCCUCCUUCACCUUCCCUGAGACAGCCUUCCUCACCGUCACAGCCUACCAGAGCCCCAAGGUGAGCCAGCCCCCAGCCCCCAGCCGCUGC